AGGACAACUCUACGGUCAACGAUGAAGGCGCUAGUAAACCAUCGAAGUGCUGCGCGCGUCUUCGAAUUCGAGUCUGUCCUGGACCUUGUUCAAAAGGUUCGAGCGUUCUUCGGUCUGCAGGGUGGCGAGUGGGAUCUGGAGAUCUAUGAUGACGACUGGUCCUCGUGGGUCCUGCUGAAUGAGGAAGAUGCGAUAACUGGUGUUCGGCCUCGCAUCAGGACCGUCAUGCGUGGCGAUCUGGUUGUUCUUGAAAGCACUGGGACGACAUCCACUUCGUCAGUGGUGGUUUCGCAGCUGGAUGCACCGGAGCCUCCAACGUCGCCCGAACUCCGUCGAUCAGGGGAAGACGCAGAGAUCCGGCCGAAGUCGGGAAGCGACGCUCUGGCCGAAUCUCAACAAACCGCAGGAGUGUCUCGGAUGGAUACUAUGGAAGUCCUGGAUGCCAUGGAAGUGAUCCGGUUUGACGACAGCCAGCUGAGACCUGGACUCCUCGAAAAGCUUCGAAGCAAAAAGCCCGGCUCACCUCUGACCAGGACGGAGUGGAGCGAAGUGACGACAGUCAUCGUGACGUUCGAGAAAGCUUGUAACAGCGUCCUGAACCUUACUCAUGCUCGGUACAUGGAGCUGGCUGACCGCGCCCUUGUUCAAUGGCCGGCGCUGCACUUUGGGUGCAGCCCGAAACAGGCACUGUCGCAGGUCAAAGCAAAAAUACAAUGGCGCGUAAGGAAUGAGAAGCGACGAGACGACGGAAGUGAUGCCGAACUCCAAGCGUCAUCAAAGAGGUUGUCACGCGGAAAAACAUUCAAGGGAUCGCGAUAUGAAGGAUUCGAAGGCUACAAGGAGUACCUUCCGCCUAUGCCGGAGGAAGACGUUCAGCAUCUGAGAAACCGCCUCUUGAAGCAUCUACACGAGGCUAACCUGACGAGCGAAGGCAAAGCUGAGCGAGAGGCCCUGAUCAACUCGACGUUCGCAGACAGGCGCAGGCAUGUGGUGACGCUCCGCACCAGCAUGCGCAAGCUUUUGGAGCUGUAUCCAAUCUUGCGGAACCCAGACGAAAUCUGGCGUGAGCUGGCCAAACUGGAGGGGGAGACGGAGUCGUCUAAGCUUGGUGACUACAGGCGCCGCCUGAGCGACUUUCUCACCGCCAUCCAACUGAUCACAGAAUGUCAAGACACCGACUGCGUGGAGUCUCUCCUCUACUACCUAGACGCGAACCCCGAGGACAUCUUUGAGGGAUCAGGAAGCGCGCCGCACUACCAGGUCAACGACGACGGGUCCAUCGGCCUUUUCGUCGAGGGGGUUUGCUUGACAAGGUCGGUGGACCGGAGCAGCAAGGCUGAUCUCCUGCUUCUGUGGGCAGCGAUUUUCCCAGUGUUCAACCAGAAGUGCCCCGUGUCUAAGGCUAAGAACGCUCUGAUAUUUAUCACGGUGAACAUCUUUGAAAAGGGGGGCAACCAAACUCUUUCCAACCGUGUCCUGGGACGAGUCCAGCGUCUCAAGCAGCUCUGUGCGUAGCUCUGUGAGUAGCUUAGAACGGAACCUGAGAACGGAACGCCUUUGCCGCUCGGCUGUUAACACUUUCAAACCGUGUGACACGUCCAGCGUCUCGAGCAGCUCUGUGAGUAGCUGAGCACAGAACUUGAUAACGGAAUGUCUUUUCCGCUCGCGGCAGUUAACCCUUCGAACCGCGCGCCCUGGGACAUGUCCAGAGUCUCAAGCAUCUCUGACUGCGUAGCUCUGUGCCUAUAGCUUAGAACGUAACUUUAGAACGGAGCGCCUUUGCCGCUCGGCAGUUUCCUACAGAAGAUUACUUUUUUAGGUUCAUUUUUAGUACAAUAAGAGAAAUAUUACUGUUUGCAGUUGUAAGCUUGCUGAAAGGAGCUUGAAUGCAGUUUUGAAUAAACAUGUUUGAUGAGUUUAA